CAGGUCCAUCAUCCCGAUCCCCUCCUUAGCUGCAGCUGUUGUUAUGGUUACCGCACGCUACAAACAAGGUCGCUGUGACUAAACGGAUUUCUCUGGCGCAAAAAUAACAGGGGAAUUUAAACGGAUAAACCGCAAUCAAUGCCUCUUGACGGGCUCCAGUGAAAAAAGAAACAAUCAGGAAGGGGAAUUGGCAUCUUACCGCUUGCAGCAGCAUGAGUUUCACCAUCGCCCAGAGCGUGCGGGAGAAGCAACGGUUCAAACGCGAGAGACCCCAUGACUACCUGUAUGAUCCUUUGUAUUCGGUAGCUAGCGAGAAGGAUCAUGCCAAAAUGUCCAUGAAAGCAUUCACAUCUGCUAAUAGAUUUAAGAAAGUGCCUGACUAUAAGACCAUGUUCAGUAAUUUGGAACGUUUUCCAAGCUACACCAUUCAGCUAGAUCGCAAUGACCCAGUCCCAAAAUUUGUUGAUCAACGCUGGAGAGGAUAUGGAGAGAAAAAACAAGAAGCCAUCAAGCAACUGGCAAUGCAUGAUCCUUCUCUUAAAAUGCAAUUACAAAUAGAGCAAGAUCCACAAGUUAGCGGUAAAAACCGGUAUAAGUAUUUCACAAGACCUAUUAUUCCCUUUGUUCAACAGUUACCUGUGAAUGCAAUUCUGGACGUUUCCAAGGGUGGCACACCAACCAACAUUAUAAAUUUUGAUGAUCAAUUUUUACCUGUACGGACUGUGGCCGUGCAAACAGAUUACAGGGACAGUGAAACGCAAACUGAACCAUACUCUCCAGAAUAUGUUGUGCGGCCUGGUUCAGCUCCUGAACUCCUUACACUUGCUGCAUUGAAAUUUGGCCGAGGCUUACCAGCAGGCUUAGCAGAAGUGGAGAUGAUUGAACGUGCACGAGCAAAGCGUGCUUGGGAAGCUACUCUGCCUCCACUGAGUGAUCGCUCACAACUUGAGAAGAGGAAGAGGAUGAUGGAGGCAAUGGAAAGAAAUGAGUGGGCAUUCCGGGAACAAGAAAUUGAAAAGCUUCAGGAAAUUCGACUGGAUGUUCUGAUGAAAUUGUUAAGCCAACGUGAAGCAAAGCAACAGGAAAUGAAUGUAAAACGGGUUGAUUCAAUUUGGUCAAAACUUCAGCAGAAGAAAGGAGUGGCUAUAAAGAAGAUAAGAUUGAAGCACAUCAAAGAAAUAAGAAAAUUAACAGCUAAAAGAAGAAAUGUGGAAGGGAAGCUUGAGCGGCGUAACUGCAUCCAGGACUAUGCCGAUUAUGGAUCACAAGUUUAUGCACCAGUCUCUCGAAAUGGCCGGUUUCCAGACCAGAAUGCAGAACGUUUCAUUGUAAAAAGUCAUUUUCUUUCCACGUUUAAUGGUAUAUUAGAAUUAGAGGAAACUCUACCAGAUUUUGUCACUCAACCACGAAUACGAAUUCAGAGACCAAAAAAAACAACAAAGGAUGGCACUUUGAAUUAUGCUGCACGAAGAGAGAUGGAGCUUGCUAAAAUUCACAAGGCAAUACGGGAAGCGAAAUUUAAAGGGGCACAACCAGAAAAGCCACUUCGCUUCCUGUUUAAGAUUUUAAAACCUGUUCGUCGUCCCCCAACGCCAACUGUUGAGCAACCACCUGAGGGUGAAGAGGAAAGAUAUCUAGCUAUCAUUUAUCUGCAGAAAUUAAUAAGAGGAAGGACUGUUCAGAAUAUGAUGUUUGAAGGCAAAGAGAAGCGUAUAGAGCUGAUUCAGGAACUCCGCACCACCCAUGCACUCCAAGAGGACAAACAACUUCUGAAGCAAGCAGAAAUGCAGGCUAUAUUGGCCUUGCAAUAUGAACGAAAUCUACAGCAGCAAAAGCUUUCUACAAUGGAAGAUUAUCUCUCACAUGUCGAAGGUCAUGUACUCGCAGACAUGUUUGACUUCCUGAAUAAGGAGCUGCUGCGCCUGCAAGAGGAACGACGCAUCCAUGCAAUUGUUAUGUUGGCUGAGCGCCGCCGUCGGAUCAGAGAGGCAGAAGAAAGUGGUUUACGUCAAGUAGAGGAAAGACGCAGAAGGGAAGAAGAUGAAAUUUUCAAACAGGUUAUUAAAGUACACCAGACCACAGUGGACUCAUAUUUAGAGGAUAUCUUAUUGAAGUCUGUGCAAGAUACAGCAGAGGAUCAAGCACGCCAAGAAAUCCGUAAAAUGGCUGAUGAAAUCAAUGAUAUUGCCUAUAAACUUGAACAGCACCGAACUGAAUUACAAGCGGAAGAGAUUGUUUCAGAAUUGGUCCAUGGCUUUCUAAUUCCAGAAGCACACAAAAUAAUAAUGAGGGAAAGAGGAAGAGGCAGAGAGAUAUUAUCUACUCCACACUUCUGGCUGAGUGGUUGCAAAUGCUUCAGGCUUGUACCAUCCAUUUCAGUGUUGGGCAACCCCCCCCCCAUAAUUGAAGUAAAGCACUUUCAAAGUAGGCAUCUCCUUGUUGCCCACCGCAUUAUUCAUAAUGAGGCUGAAUAUAUCAUGACCAAUGCAGCUCCAGCUGUAUCAUCAUCCAGCAGUGCUGCAACAGACAUCCUGAACCAAGUACUGACCGAAGUUGAAAAAGAGAUGAUGAAGGAGACACAAGGAUCUUAAGUGAGAUAUAUACUGUGACAAUGUUGUUCACUACCGUGAAUAUUUAAGAAAAAAGGAAGAAUCUGAGAAGUGACUAUAAUAAUUUCUUUUUUCUCACAUGCACUUUAUCACUAAUGCGCAAUACUUAAUUAAGUAGACAUAAGUUUCUGAUAAUUAUACUGAAUGUGAACAAAAAAUAAAGCUAAAUGUUUAACUAGCAUUGUUGUGCACUUGUUAGAUGAGGUGUAACAAACACAGAAGACCACCUAUUUUCACCUCUGUAAUGCUGCCCAACUUUGCCUUGUCUCAACUCCUCUUCCGUUAAAACUCCUAUUCGUACCUUUAUUUAUCCAAAUUGACCACUGUAAUACACCCUGGCUGAUAUUUCAGAUUCUAUCCUCUGUAAAGUUAAUGUUAUUCAAAAAUGUAUAAGUGUUAACCCAGAGCAAGUCUCUUCCACCUACCAUGCAUAUGCUUCCUAUAUGGGCUCCCUGUUAAGCAGUAUCUUUAUAUUUAAAUACUCAUUAUCAUUAUACCUUCACACUUCACUUUCUGUUGUUUACAUUUUCCCCACAACCCUUUGACUAUCCUCAGUUCAAUCACUGUAUUAUACCAUAUGUUCAGUUGCCCAGACCUUAAAUUCUGGAAUUCCCUUCAUAAAUCUCUCCACCUCACUAAGACAUUCCUUAAAACUUAUUUCUUUGACCACCCUUUUGGUCAUCUGACCUAUUGAGCAAAAAUUAAUCAAGUUGAGCCUAUUUAAUCAAGUGAGGUCAUGCAUCAAUUUCCUGGUAGCAAAACCACCCAUAAAUAAGUUGGGUGGCAGAUGAGCCUGAAAAUGGAAUGUCAAUUAGUUUCACUAAUGAACCAGUUGACACCAGUUAGCACUGCAGUUCCUUGGCAUCUCAGAUUAGAUGAGAGUCACUAGAUUUUUCCACACUUCCCAAAGUUACCCAGCAAACCAAUCAUUCUGUGUGAAAUGCCUCUUUAUUAAGCACUCCGUGCAUGAUCAAGGGUCCCCUUGUUUCCAAAACCCUGCUACCCCAGCUCCAUUAACCCCAACGUGCCUUCACUCAUCAUUGGCCUGUUGUUCCUUAUUGAUUCUGCAUAAUGCAUUACUAUAGCUGCUACUAUUCCCAGUGGCAUGUACAGAAAGGAACUAACUGGAUGCCACCUAACUGUUGCUUGGUCUCAUGUUUUGUUUUAAAAUGCUCUUGUGAAGUAUCUUAAAACGAUUUAUCAUGUUAUCGCCACUCUAUAAAUAAAGUCUUUUGUUAAUUACCUCAAACCGACUGUGAAGUAGAUGCCAGCAAAUUGGGGUCUGUCUUAUGUAAUCACAAGAUCACAUAAAGAUGUGAAUAGUUGUUCUUCCAUCCAGAGCUACCUUAUCCUUACUGCAUUGUUACAUCUAGAUAUUUCUUUGUAAUUUCUGCAUUUGAACCUGUAGAAUUCAAUUUUAUGUUCACUCUCUGCGUCCUAAAGUUAUCUUUCACGAGUUUGACUCUGUCUUAUUCUUACAUGCUAUAUAUCAUUAAUUAUUUCCAAAUUACUUAUCUCUUCAUACUUGAUAAAAUCAUAUCUUAGAUGCUUUAUUACAGGCUAAGAAAGCCAGUAUUUCUUGUCUUCACAAUAUCUCGGAUCUGACACCAUAGAUCAGCCUCAUAGUUAUUUACUGUACUGCUUCUGUUGCUUGACUGAUUCCCUUGUUUCUCAGCAACUAGAACAGGACACAUUCCUCAAGGUUGAAACUAGCCAACACACUGCAUAACUUGAUCAUGAUUUCUUGUAUUCUGUAUUUUAGCUAUAUAGUAUAAUUCUGAAUUCUGUUGGUUUUAUUAACUGCUGUUCUGAAUUGAUUGAACAUGCUUAAUCAAGCAAGAUUCUGAGGAAUCUUUCAACUUGUUCUUGGUUAUUUCAUUGUUAUUCAUGCAUGAUGUAAUA